GGCUGGCGGGGCGGGUCGCGGCUCCCAGGAUGCAGUUUGUAUCAACACGGCGGCGGCGGCGGCGGCUGCCGCUCCUCAGGGGGUCCGGACUAACCGACGACAGUUCGGCCUGGCACGCGGCCCGGUUGUGCGAGGACAACGGCGGGGAGCCAUGGCCGAAGCGGUUUCUCCACCGAACAAGGGAAAACGACGCUCUACACCUAUAACUUCCUCUUCACUACUGCCUCCACCCUCAGAGAAAGAUUCGUACCUACAAAGUACAGAGAUCUCCCUCUGGACUGUGGUGGCAGCCAUUCAGGCAGUGGAGAAGAAGGUGGAGUCUCAGGCUGCCCGAUUACAGACCCUAGAGGGACGGACAGGGUCAGCAGAGAAGAAACUGGCUGAUUAUGAGAAGACAGCAGUAGAGUUUGGGAACCAGCUGGAGGGCAAAUGGGCUGUAUUGGGGACCUUGGUACAAGAGUAUGGGUUGCUCCAGAGGAGGCUAGAGAACAUGGAAAAUCUUCUCAGAAACAGGAACUUCUGGAUCUUUCGGCUCCCCCCAGGCAGCAAGGGCGAGGUUCCUAAGGUUCCUGGGACUUUUGAAAAUGAUGGAGUCUAUUUCUCAGAGCAAGAAUGGGAGAACUUGGAUGAUUGGCAAAAAGAACUUUACAGGAAUGUGAUGAAGAGCAAUUUUGAGACCCUCGUCUCUUUGGACUGUGCCAUUUCCAACCCUGAAAUCCUGGCCCACCAGGAAGAAGAAUCCAGUACAGAGGACCUGGGAGAUUUGGCUGGGGAGAGCCCUGGUGGUCCCUACCCAGUAGAUGGAGUUAUGAUUAAACAGGAGAUGAAGUACCAUCAAGAAAGCCCUGAAGAUUUGCCUGGAGAGUUUUCUGGUAGUGUUGAACAGCAUACUCUGCUAAUCCCUGAACAGGCUGCAACCUGGGAUGGGCAGGGCAAUUCCAUCCUUUUGGAGACUGACCCAGAAGUUGCUAAAUUAGAAGAAGCUAUUGAGUGUGACCAGGACCGAAGUGAGGCCAAAACAUUGGGUUUUCAUCGGAAGCGAAAAUCUAGUGGGCAGGCCCGAUCAGGUCAGGAGUGCAGACAAGGCAUGAGGUUGAAAAGGAGCUUGGCCCAUCCACGAAGCCCCCCAGCUACCAAUUCAUAUGAAUGUUCUGAAUGUGAUGUUAGUUUCCGAUACAAGCAGCAACUAGCUGUUCAUAUGAGGACCCAUCCUGGUUGGGGGUCCUUUGGGGAGCCAGAGCCUGAGGAAAAUCUACGGCCCAGGCCUCAGCUCAAACCUCAGGCCAAAAAGGUUAAGCCGCAUCGGUGUGAGGAAUGUCUGAGAAGUUUUAGCUGUAAGGCAAGCCUUGUGACCCAUCAGCGAUGCCACCUGCAGGAAGGUUCGAGCAUGGGUCAGCGAGUCCAGGAGAGGUUCUCACCCAACAGCCUGGUUGCACUACCCGGCCAUAUCCCUUGGAGGAAGAGCCGCAGCUCACUUAUCUGUGGAUAUUGUGGCAAGAGCUUCAGCCAUCCUUCUGACCUGGUACGGCAUCAACGCAUCCACACAGGUGAACGGCCCUACAGCUGUGCACAAUGUGAGAAGAGUUUUGUCCAAAAGCAGCACCUAUUACAGCACCAGAAGAUCCACCAGAGAGAACGGGGAGGGCUGGGUCUAGAACCUGGAGGGAAUGAUGGGUUACUCUAAGGAUGCCGGCCCCUCAUCUAUCCCUGGGGCAAGGGGGGCCGGCAGAAGCCCCCUAGAAAGUCACUGUGCAGGGGUGAGGCAGCUCUCAACUAGAUCCUGCUUAAGAGCAGGGUGAGCUCAGCCACUCCCCUACCCUCUUCUCUCCUUUCUCCGACCAAGCACUAGACUGAGCCCGAACUCUUCCCUGAAAAUCAUGCUGAGAUGGGGUAGGUAGCCUGAAAGCCAGGCUUCCUUAUCCUGCCUUCCACCUGCUAAUGAGUCAGCCAUUCUUUGGAAUCCUUUGUGCCUCUGUUUUUCACAUUACCCCAGGGCUUGUGGGUUGGAGUGAUCUAAGGUCUACCACCUGGUGGGAACUUGUGUUACGUUGCCAGGCCCUGGUAAUUAUCUUCACAAGAAUCCCAUAAUAGAAAUUCCUACAGAUGCCCUUUCUACCCCUCCAGGUGACCUGAGAUUGCCUCAAGGCCUAUUUGGGUAUUUUGUAACUGCCUCUGGGGGAGUGGGGCCAGAGGUAUUAGCAAUCCUGUGGCAAGAGGUUGGAUAGCACAAUAUUGCAUUUCUUUAAAAAAAAAAAAAAAAAGUUACAUUGGUGUUAACAUGUAGAAAGAUUAACUUAAAUGAGCCACUUUCCUUUCUCUGCUGGUAUCUGUUUUGAUCUCAAUUUGAGGAUUUUUUCAUUUAAUUUUUAAAACCAGAAUUUCUGACAGUUGGGUUUUGUUUUGUUUUUGAUUUUGAUUUUUGUUUUUUAAUUCUAAAAGAAGUGGUUGUUCCUAACAAUGGGACUGGGCCCACCCUCUCGGAGGGAAUAAAGGAUAUGAGGUUUCUUUAGUGUUGCCUUCACUGUGGACAAAUCAGGGAGCAGAGAACAUUUCUGGUGUCCUUCUGACUAGCUCCCGAAAGUUGUAAGUAAGAAUGACUUUAUAGAGGAUCAAGGGGAAGAGAGAAAGUGGCCAAAGCUCUAAACCCCUGAAAGAUUGUGAAGGCAAACUUUUAGCCCUUUCACUGGAAUAAAUGUAGAAUCUGGUUUCAGGGCUUCAUUUUUAAGCAAGGAACUGGGCCUAUUUCUUCUGUAAGUAUGUAUGGACUUACUUGCUCCAUGAGGGUCUAUGGCCUUGGUUUAUCAGGGUUUUUCAGGUUUUGGAAUUGGCUGUGGGUCUUUGUUUCAGAGGGACAAUAAAGGGAAGUAUCCAGUUCCUCACCUCUGAAGCCGAUGCCAAAUGCUCAUUACUAUUACUGAUGUCUCUGGUGGAAAAGAGGGAGAGGGUUCCUGAGAAAGACAGGAAUUCCUCAUUGUGCUCUGCAUAGAAUAAAACUGCUAACUAGCAAAAAGCCCUUAUCUGGUGUUUUCCUCCUGUUAAAAAUAGCUUUCCUACUUUUGGGAAGUUGAAGUGAGAGAAGCAGCCUUACUUGGAGUGUUAUGUUGGAGGAAAAUGGCUAAGUUGGACUUAAGGCUCUGUGGAAUCAAUAACUUCCAUUGCAUUUAAAUCCAGGUCAGCUACGUGACACAGAUUUGUCCUGCCAUAGAACUAAACCUCUUAAUAUUUUCAAGAACACUCGGUGUCUUCUCAACUGUGUGUCCUUUCCCUAAAUGUCUUCCUUUAAAGACACUCCUUUUAGUCCUCACAGGAUUAGACUCAUCAUGUUUUUUGAACAUUUGUUUUAUAAACAAGAGAGUAAUAGGCAUUAUUACUUACUUGGAUAAAGGAACUGUAAUAUUUGGUAAAUUUGAUAACUAGCAUUAUUGCUGUGAGAAACCCUUACAGGUUCUUAGUCCAAUUUCAGCUUUGAUAGUUCAUUUCUAAUUAAAAUUAGUAAAAUCUACCUGGUGAGGCCACCACAAUUUAGUGUGUCAUCUUCGGUUUUGUAGUAUUACAACUUUGACUUGAGAAGGACAGUGAUGAGCUGAUGAAAACUAACCACAUUCUUAAGAGAUGGCUUUUUUAAAAACAAUGAAAGCUUACUAAGUUAUAGUGGGAGACAUGCCUGGCCUGAAAAACCAUAUCCUGGACAAUUCAGGAGAUUAUAUAAACAUUUAGAAAGUUUGUUGAGCAUAAUAAUAAAGCAAAAAAAGUUGGAUGUUCCUUACAGAUAUUUCCAUCAAGCUAUGUAUGUAUCAAAUCAAAGACAUCAUAUUUGGGACCCUCUCAAGUUUAUUAUAUGUCACUGUAAUCAGUUGAAAAUCAGUUGAUCCUAGUGGAUAAUAGAUAAUUGAACAUAGUAUUGCAUGUUUAACUUUGUUUUCAGAGCUUCAUAGAAAUCCAAAGGGAAGUCAGUUGAAAAGAGAUGCAGGACAAGCCAUUUUUAAAUGCCUCCCCCCAAAAAAUUUGCCCAAGUAAUGAAGUUUAAGUUCUCAGACAUUGAACAAAAUAUUUUUCAUUUUGCUGAAUUUUGAAAAUUUGAGUUGCUUAAGUGAGCAACAGAGUUCACUAAGGAAAUCCGCCAACCUAAGGCAUAGAACUAAGCUGUAGAGCACUAUAUGUUCAAAGAGAACUACCAUAUUCAGGGAAUGUUAGUGGGCAAUAUAGUGAUAAGCAGGCAUGUCAGGCAGGAGACAAGGCUCCAAAUUCCAGCAGAGGUUGCUGAUCAUACCUGGAUAUAGACCUGCUUCAUAGUAGAAAACUAAUGUUUCCAGAGGAAGCUAUCACCUGUCUGACCUUACUACCUUAUAUACCUGAGUAAUUUACUUGGUCUAUCCCCAGAAGAGUGUCUAGCUUAAUAAAGGCUGAUGAUAAUUUAUCAGGAGAUUGUUGGCUGCUGCUAUAGAUAAGAUAGAUAGACCAUGGACUGCAAGUAAGUUAUUACUACAAAAUCUUGGUGUCAUGAGAUGUCAUUGGCUCUUGAAGAUCACAAUAAUCUAAGAGUGGCAGUGACUUCCAUGAUCUAAUUAGCUGGAAUGGUUUUGCUGCAGCAAAAGAAACAGGAUUGUACCAGGAAGUUGCUGAAGAGAUUGAGUUCUGAUAUAUGUGGAGAAGAGUGAAAAGUAUACACUAAGUAGUAGUCUGGUGACACUUGUUGCCUAUUUGUGAAAAUAGCUUGUUAUGAAACUGACAAAGCUUAAGGCUUGUAAAACAAAACAAAAAGACAAUCCACUGCAGAAUUUCCCCAAUAUAUUUUGGGAGUAGUAUGGGGGCAGUACUAGUGAGAAGCAGAGCAAGGCCAUUUUUCCUAAAGAGGUUUGCCAUCAAUUGCAUUCUAUGGUAAACUGAUGGUCUGAAGGAUAUAAUUGUUAUACUUUCCAUUUCAUUGUUACUUCAUUCAUGUACUUCUUCCCCUGAAGAAUUCAGAAUCUUGUUACAUCUGAUGUAAAGGGUGGAGAAAUUCUAUGAAUUAGACAAAGCCCUUCAGAUUGAAUCAUUAUAAACCUUGAUGUCUCUGCCAAGUGGUAAGCACAGAGGAAGUACAUAGAGUAGGGAAAUAGCUUCUGUUUUAGUUUCAUUAGUAUAAGCAACUCCUAAGUGAGGAAAAGUUCUCUGCCAAUGCAGGGUUGCAGUGAGCUUCAGAAAGUUGCCUAGAAUUCUGGGGGCAAGCAGGUUUCCCAAGUGCUGCUUAGCUUUGAGGCCAACAUGAAGAAAUAUAUAUAUACAUCAAAAGUUAAGAAAGCACACAGAAGCAAAUUCUUUUGAGAAAAGUGGGAAGUUGAUAGGGUCAGGUCAAUGUGACAAAAAGUAAAAGUUUAUAUUUUAAGAGAAAGUUAUUGAUGUAAGGAUCAUUCCUAAAUCAAUUUCUAUAUGCAAUUAAAGUACUGACUUAGAGAAAAAAAUCUAAAUAAGUACAAAGUUAAGUGGAUUCAAUUUGGGAAUUUGGAAUAAUAAAAAUGAAGAAAAUAGCACAGUAUUAAAAUUGCAACCUUAUCUAUCUUAAACAAGUUAUAACUACAUAGAAUAUGGACUUCAUUAUAAGUUUUAUGCAGAUACUUAACUGAUAGGAAUAAUUUAAUACAAAAAAAGAAACCAAAAUACUCUAGAAACUGCAUCAACCACUAAACAUGACUUGAUCUGGCCAAGUAAACAGUGUCAAGGACAAUACUAAUUUAGAAAAACGGUUCAUUUAUAAAAUCUUACAGAAAAGAUGGAGAAGUAUUGUUUUAUAUAACAGUGCUUUAUAUGCAAGCUUGUUGAAAGAUCUAAGCAAAAGUCAUCUGGAGGAAUCUGAUAAAGCUGAAAGGACAGCAAAUAGAUUAGAAAAGUUCUAGAAAAAUUGUUAUAGCAAACUUUACUGUCAAAGAUAGUUGAGCCACCACAUUGGGAUUCAGUAUAGUUCUGGAUGUUCUGGUGGAGGAAAUGAAAAUGGCACUAAAGAAAACCAACAGAGAAAACAUUUGGAUUGCACUAAGAGGAGUUUAAGUGCUUGGGGUACCUAAGUUGGAAAGCCCUAAGAAAUCAUUUCUCAAGGUUUGUGAAAAGAAAGUGUAGAAAUAAAAAAUCUCAGAUCCUCAUCCCCCCCCCCCAAAAUUUUUUUUUUCAAAAAAUAGUUACCUAUAUGCCUAUUUUCCUAUUUAUAUAAUUUUUUUUUUUUAUCUUUGGCACACAUUGAGGGAGUCUUUCAUGAGGUUAAGGAUACAGACACAUUUCAAGCAAUAGGCAAAUAUAUGACUGAAAAGCACGAAAGAUAACAUCUAUUGUACUUACUGGUUGACCAUAAAAAAGCAUUUGAUUUUGUUAAGCAAAACAUUUCCAUAAAGGCUUUUCUCCAAAAAGUCUCCCAUAAUAUUCAAAUACUAUCUUGAAAAAUGUGAAGACUUUGUUCAGUGACCCUCAAAAUUAUUGGGGGCAAGUGGACAUGUAUACAUGGCAAAGGUUAAAUCUAAUUUCCUAUUAGUGGUGAGGUCCCCUUUGUGAAUGACAUGUUUAUCAAACAUCAAGCCCUGGAAUAUUGCAGAUUUCUAAAUGAGAUCAAUAACUCCAAGAACAAACUUUGGAACAAAGUUUCUGAUAGUAGCGUAUAGUUUUGAAUUGGGAAAUAUUAUUCUGAAGAACUGGAGCUAAUAUUCAUCCACAGGCUUUGGAAAAGUGCAUAUUGGGUACAUUACAAAUGAGAAAUUCCUGAAAAGUAGUGUUGAAAAGUCAGGAAAAUUGAUCAAUUGAAAACGUCGUGUUGGGCAUGUAGAUUGAGAGUCCACACACUCCAUUGGUAUCCAUUUGUUGAAAAGAAAGAUCCUCAGCAUAUUGGGUGGCAGCUAAGCACUGGCAAAUAUGUGGGGCACUACAAAUGAGGGUUGGAUUUGAAUAGGUUGAGAUUUUUGUCUUUGGGUGGUGAACUCACAUAGGGAUGUUUUCUAUUUUUCUUAAAAAAGCAAAUCAUCUAAUGACUCAUUCUGUCCCUAUUACAUGAGCAUGGCAGAAAGAUCUUGUUUACAGUUUAUUAGGGUGACCUAGGAAAAGGAACCAAAUCUUUCUAAUUUAAGUCCAGCUUGAGUCGAAUAUGGCACAAAAGCCAUGAGGAAGCGCCUGCAAAAGGAGAUUGUUUCCUGGCCCCUCAUGAGGCUAAAAGUUUUGGGGAUUUUGGUCAGCUUGGUGCCCUGGCCUUAGGAGGAAAAUGAAAGCUUAAGGGGUUCCUGAUUCAAGAGUGAUGUAAAUGUUCAAAGAAGAAGAUUCAGAAGAUACUAAUUUUUAUUUCCUGUAAAAUGGGAAAAAUAAGUUUUUCCACAUUAAAAACGAGUACCACCAGGUAACAUAUAUCUGGAUAUACCAGACAGCAUUUUAACAACUGAAAUUAUAUGCAAUAUUUGUUUUCAACAAUAUGUAGUUACUUUUAAGGUCUGUAAUGGGUAAUUAAAAAAAUUCCCUAAAA